UCCCUCAUCUCUAAAUCCCCCUUCAAACACACCAACCCUUUUCACAGCUUCUUGAGAUUUUCUCACCUUCCAUUUUGAUGAAAUCUCUUUUCAUCAAAUUCCUAAAAUUUGAGUAGUCUUUGCAAGAACAAAUUACAAAACUAUGAUGAAGAAGUACUUGUCUCUUGGAGCCCACACAAGUUUCCUGCUUGGGAUUUUCUUCAUGUUAAUUGUGAUGGGCAGAAGCCUAGGUGUGAGGCCUCACCUCCCUUUAAACCUUCAAGCAGAAGUUGUUACCGGUAACAGAGUCAACGUUCGAAUGCACCUUGAGGAAGGAGCAAAGAAAGAAGAGAACAUGGAGCUAUACCCAUUUGGGUCGAGCUUGCCGGACUGUUCACAUGCUUGUGGACCAUGCUUUCCAUGCAAAAGAGUGAUGGUGAGCUUCAAGUGCUCCGUUUCAGAGUCUUGCCCAAUUGUCUACAGGUGCACCUGUAGAGGAAAGUACUACCAUGUACCCUCUAAUUGAUGAAUAGUACUUCAUCCACCACCGCACUGGCCUCUCUGGUUUUCCUCUUAAUUAAUUAUGUGGGGAUGAAUUAAUUUCUAGGCUUUAUAUGGAAGUUAAUUAACUUACUUUGAGACUGGAAUUUUCUUGAUCCUAUUUUUGUUUAGUUAGAUUCAGGAUUUGUAGUUUAGAUGGGAAGGAGAAAAGUUGUAGGGGAGAGUUUAUUUGUAUAUCACGAGUUUCUUGUUUUUUCGGACCCUUUUCUUUCGAGUUUUUUUCUUUUACAAGAGCGAUAUUCUAAACUAUUCUAAUGUACGGGGAGAAAAUUCAAACUCGGAUGUAAGAAGAAGGCCAUACUGCCUUGGCACUGGCCUAACCCAUAUUUGCUCCCUCACUAUUUAGUAGAUUUGAGCUCGCUCUCUCUCUCUCUCUCUCUCAUUGUAUCCA